UUCCUGCUACCACGGCUGCUGCUGCUGCAACCUAACUUUUCCUAAACAGCUCCUGGGGGUUUCCAGUGCUGGUGUAGCUCCACCAGGAUCUCCUCCACCCCCGAGGGUGAAUCUGCCCCGCGAAGACGGAGAUUGUGGCCGCAAACAGCAGCUCCGCCGCGGCUGCAGCGUCCGGAUGGUUCAGGACACAGCGCGGUUAGCCUGAAAUAACCGCUCUCAACUCCGUCCAGGGCCGGCCAGGCUGUGAGUUGCUCUGAGUGGAUGACAGAAGAUGCAGUCCAACCGGGCAGACUUGAGCCACAGGCGGCAGUUCAGCGACAGGAGCUCCAGCCGCUGGGACAUCUCCAAGGAAGAAUGGGAAGAGAGGUGCAAUCCCCACAGAGAUAAUCCUCGGGAUUCCUAUCACAAAUACCAUGGAGACGGACACGGUAACGCAGAGAGAACGAGCAGGAGCAGGGACUACAGCGAAUCCCCUAAAAGGUGGUACGAUAAAGACCCGCCGAGCAGAGACCGGAGCAGACAGAGCCCCGUGAGGAGACGCAUGUCUUCGCCGGCCUCGGACGGGUCCGAAAAGAAAGGGCGGAGGUUUACAGGGGACAAUGAUGUCGAUUACAGAUACAGACGCGAGUCUCCUGAAAACACAUACAGACUGUCACCAGACGGUUAUUCACACGAUCACAAAAGCAAGGAUUUUAAAUAUGCCCAAGUGCAUGAAGAGGAUUUCAAAAAUGGGAAAACAUCCCAAGACUCCCGAGACAAGCCCUGGCGCGAAGAGUUUUCAUACAGAAAACAUGAGGAUUUAGAUGACGGAGGCUUUCCUGGCUUUCACAAAGACAAAGACUAUCGUAAAAGGAGGCAGGAUUCUUCACAGGAGAGGUCACGGUCACCAGAGCGCUUCUCAAAGAUUUAUACCAAGACCAAAGUGGGGAUGGACAACUCCUCCACAUCUGUAUAUCAUGAAGAGUAUGAAGAGUAUGACCGAGACAGAGGAAGGUUUCCCUUAAAUGGAUCCAGUGGAGAGUUCAUCAAGAGCGACGCCCCCCCGGCAGACACCGAGGAGAAGUCCACCAAAGGCUUCCAGCGUUUCCUCGACGUGCUCAACAAGGGCGUGAACGUGGACGUUCUCACCCAGAUCGUGACGCAGACCCCCACCCACGAUGGCAACGACGAAGAUGUCUCUCCGGGCUCGUUUCUGAGCGCCGCAGAGCAGCGGUGGUCUCCCAGCGGUGCCGAGAGGCCGCAGAAGCGGCAGCAGCGCGACAGCUGCUGGAGCGAGGGCUCCCACAGACGGGCCUCCCCGCAGCCUCACCGCCGCUCCCCCGGGCCCAGCAGGAGCUCCGGGUCCAACGAAAACGCUCCACGAAGGAUGGACGGCAACGAACGCUCGUUCGGGAGUAGAUCCAAGUCCCCCUCGGUGGAAAAGAUGACGCUGACGCCCGAGGACGAGCAGAAGCACAGGCAAAUGCAGGAUGUUCUGCAAGCCAUCGGCGUGGAUCUGGGGUUUGAAGAGCUCGGCCAAAUGUCCCAUCGCAUCCAGGAGCGUCUGUACGGGAAGAAAGACGGCGAGCGCGGUGGUAAAUUAAGUCGCGAGCAAAGCACAAGGCAGCCGUAUUAUUCUACCACACGGGAGAGCCGGUCUUCCUCAUCAAGGUCUAGUUUCAGCCCGCUGAGUCGGGACGGACCUGUGAAUGCGGACUCAUUGAGCGCUCAUAGGGAUGAGCCGGAAGAGGAGCCGGACAAGGAGCUGUACGAGCCGGACGCGCUGGCCGCGCUGGACGAGCUGGACGAGCUGGAUGAGCCUCCGGAAGAGCUGCAGCCGUGUGAGUACGGGUGGAACAUGGACGGCAGCUCCGCUGCGGACAACCAGCUAUGUGAAGCUACUGAGCAAUGUGAGGCUACUGAGCAAAGCAGCGCUUCACUGUUUCCUCCCAAUCCCUCGUACGCGGUAACACAACCUCCGGGACCCCCCGUGAUGCCGCCGUACCCCCCCAUCAACUGCUCGCCGCUCCCGUUCCCAGUUCUCAAUCCAGUCCCGCCUCCAAUGUUGCCCCCCAUUAGCCCGGGCCUUUUCCUGCCUGGCCUGCCUCCUAUGCUCCCCUACCCCAACGUGCCACCGCCCAACAUCUUUCCUCCGGCCAUGAGGCAAACAAACCCCUUCCUCCCCCCACACAUACCCCCUCCACACAUACCCCCCCAUCAUAUACCCCCCCAUCACAUACCCCCCUCACACAUACCCCCCUCACACAUACCCCCCCCACACAUACCCCCACCACAGUUACCACAGCUCACUCUACCAGCCGCCAGUCGGAAAAAUGCCCAGAGCAAAUACAUGAAAAACAAACAGCAGGCGAGACCCCGCUGCUUGCAGGUUAUUAAAAAGAUGCAGUGAUGUACUUUUCAGGUGGAGAGAAAAUGGUCUUCAUGGUAGGACAAGUGAUUUUUUUACUUUUCUGAUUUUUCUUGGUCAAAGAUCACAAUGAAAUAUGCUUGUCAGGAGAGACUGCCGUCCUCCUCGUCGUUGAAUCACAGCAACGCAGGCGGAGGGUGUUGGUGUCGACUGUGAAGCAGACGUGGUAAACGGCUGGAGCGUCAGAGUCUGAGGGAAAAUCACCACCAAUCGGACAUGAAUAUGAGACUGGCUUCAUCCUCACAGACUGAAUUAAAAAAAUAAAAAUCCAGAUCCUUUUUCCGAAGUUUCUCUCUGAGGUCGGAGCAUGUACUACUUUUAGUAAAAUGGGUUCUGCCUUUAUCUCAACCAUCUCUAGUCUCCUCUUGUUAUGUA